ACGUCAUUAAACUGGGGAUUUCCCUAAUUUAGGUGGUUCCCCACUUUUUAUGACAUCAUACUGUGCAAUUGUUUUAUGGUGUUCAUAGACGGUUCAUUUUAAAUAUGGAAGAAGUGCCGUAUCUCAACGAAAGUCUGGAUAAAGUUGAACUUCGCCCUGCAAUUCACAAGGACUUGUGCAAAUACCGUUUGUCGGGAGAAUUAUAUGAAAACCUUGAUGAAAAUAACUUAAGCAAAGUUGAGACAAUCAUUGAUGACCUUCAAUGGUUACUUUCUUUAAACCAUCCCAAGUUCUGGUGUCAGGUGAUCAAUGAUGAAACAGUCAGCGCAACACUCAGCUCAUAUUUACAAUUUGCACCACGUUUCCACAACCCUUCAUGGUCGGAUGAAAUAAAGAAGAAACACGAUCAACUUCAUCGGCUAUUCUUCAUGACCUUCCUCAGGUUAUCGACACCAAAAGAAUCGGAAAACUCUUUUUUCUCCCCGAGUGAGUUUGGUCGAAUUAUUUAUGAGAAUUUUAUCUUUGACAUUCCUUCGUUGAUGGACAUCGCUUGUUUGUUUGGAAACCAAACCAAUCAUCCUCUACUCCAUAAAAUGUUUGAAAGCAUCUUCAAUAAUCAACCUCUGUACAAUAAUGACUUGGAAGAAGCGGCAAAAAUGAUGGUUAAAAUUCUUCAAGAAUUUGACGGUAAAUUUGUGAAACAAACCACCACGAAGCGGAAGUUGAUUGACAGGUCGGGAAUCCCGCACUCCAAAGAUGAAUUGCUUGAACUCGCUUCUUAUUUAUUCAACUCCUUGUAUACGUUGGAUGCUUUCAUGCAAGUUUACCCUGAAGGCUGCCAUGCUUUUUACAAGAUUAACACCAUAGAGGUUCUUUGUCAACUCUACAAUGGUGCUCUGGUUAUAAUGAAGGAACAAACCCAAAACAAUGCUUUACCAUUAGAUGAUGAUUUCUUUAAACUACGAACAUUCCUUUUAAAAUCAAAGGAACUUGUAUUGUCUCUGCUGCACCGUGUGGUUGUUAAAUGCGCUUAUAAACCGGCUGUCGAAGCAUCUCGAAAUAAAACAUCGGAUUGUACGGUUUUAUGUGAAAACUAUUUGGAGAUUCUGAGUGCGUUUGCAUCUGACCACAACAUCAUUAACGAUUUGGAUGAAAAGUUUGGGUUAAGAGAAGAUAUAAAUAACUUGGUUAGGGUAAAUGAAGAAAUAAAUGAAAGCCAAGUUUCAUUUCUCCUUGAUACGAUUCAACCAUCGCCAUGCCAACCACCACACGAGGUCUCUACUGAGGUAGAUGCCAUCUCUGCAUGGAGGGAACAAUUUACUUCAAGCUCACUAACGAAUGGAGAUUCGGGAGGAAUCGAAACUGCUCAGAGCUUUGAAAACCAGAAUAGUUUUGUGAAUGCAACAGAUCAGGAUGACAUUGAAGCUGUCUCUCUCAUCUCUUCCGUCCAAGACAUCCUCCCCGAUCUCGGAGCCGGUUUCAUCCGAGCUUGUUUGGAGGAGUUUUCCAACAACCCUGAGAUGGUGAUCCAGAGGGUCCUGGAGGACAAUCUUCCCAGCCAUAUUGCUGCGAUGGAUAGAACAACACAAAGUUUCACCAAACCAACUGCAAACUUAAACCAUGAAGAAAAUUUGAAUGAAUUUGGAUCUUUUGAUCCUGAAUUUGACGAUCAAAUCUUUGAAAUGCCACGGAAGAAGAAAUUUACCGAAUACAAGGCGUAUAAAGCACAAGAAAUAUCUUUAGCUGAUGAAGGAAAGCUGGUUGAACUGUACAGUAAAUAUGGGGUGGUGUAUGAUGGUGAAGAAAAUCAAGAAACAACUGAAUGUUCUUAUGAAGAUGAAUACGAUGACACAUAUGAUGGAAUACAAGUAGGAGCGAAUGACGCCGAUGAAACGGAUGAUCUUGUUGUAGAACAUCAAACUACCAGGGACCUAUGGAAAUAUAAACAAACAAAUGAUGAUGAAAAUGAAGAAGGGGAGAAGAAAGACAGAUUAAAAGAUUUUGUUCGUAAUCCUGAAGAGGUUCGCGCAUUUAAUCAAAUGAGGGAGGAAUCUCGGAGGAGAUUUAGAGGAGGGGGUGGGAGCAGAGGAGGAAGUGGGAGAGGAGCAAGAGGAGGAGGAGCGAGUGGGAGCAGAGGAGGUGGGAGAGGAAAAGAUAAAUCAUCAAGAGGAAAUCAUAAUCGGAAGAAACUUGCUACAAAGAAAGCCUCCCAAGGGAUGUGAUUUUGUGCAAAAUAAAAUUAAUAUUUGAACGUUA